AUGUUCGCCCGCCUCUCUACUGGUUUCUGUGUUCUCCUUGGCUUGACGGCCCUUCUGGAUGUCAACGCUGGAGUAGUCCCAGUUUCUCGCAACGUAGGAGUAGGCACAUCGGCAAUCAUAAGAGAUGUCGACCUUGACAAGCGUACUGGUAUCGUGGUAGGCAAUAAUCCAGAACCAGACCAUGACCCAGGCAAGAAAACAAAAAUCAACCUUGAGAAGCGUGCCGUGGUGGGCAACGAUCCAGAGCCAGACCACGACCCAGGCAAAAAAAUAACAGUCGACUUUCACAAGCGUGCCAUAGUGGGCAACGAUCCAGAGCCAGACCACGACCCAGGCAAAAAAACAACAGUCGACUUUCACAAGCGUGCCAUAGUGGGCAACAAUCCAGAGCCAAACCACGACCCAGGCAAGAAAACAACAGUUGACCUCGAAAAGCGUGCCGUAGUGAGCAACAAUCCAGAGCCAGAGAAUGACCCAGGCAAGAAAACAGCUGUCGAGCUUGAGAAGCGUGCCGUAGUGUGUGUCUACAUCCCAAUGAUCCUGAUAUCUCGGGAGCACAAAGUUGAACGUUCGAGCGUUCAACGUUCAACGCCCAAUACCUAA